AUGAAGGAUCUUCAUUCAACACCUUUCCCAUCCCGUCACACCAGUCGACGUGACUCCUGCGUUUUCCAGCACCAUUCGCUGCGCCGUCCAGACAUUAGUCAAGCCUUCGUUGGUGGUCAGAAAGGCUACCAGACCUACCGGGACCUACCAUGGGAUCUUCAAAAAAUUCGUCAGCCAGCCAUCAGAAUAAGACAUCUUGAGCCCUGGAAAAUUGCACUAAUUGUUAUUGGAACAGCAGUGGCAGCAGCUAUCACCAUUGGUCUCCUAGUUUAUUUUCUGGGAUAUGAUCAGAAGCUGUUCUAUUACAGUGCCAAUGUAAAAAUCCUCAACAUCCGGUACAAUAAUGAAUUGUCCAGACAGACCUCAGGAAGGUUUAGAGACCUGAGCGAGAGGGUUGAGAGACUGAUCGACAAGACAUUUUACAAUUCCAUUUUAAGGAAAAAAUACAUCCGUUCACGCUUAAUCAGAGUGAGCCCAGAUGCUGAUGGUGUGAUGGCAGAGGCUUUGCUCACAUUCUGGUUCUCCUCCACGGAUUCUGGAGAAGCAUUGAGAGAAAGAGUUGAACGGAUCUUACGGAGUGGCCUGAGAAAAUACAAAGGGCCUCUGCGAAUAAAUAUCAGAUCUUCUACCAUCUCAAAUAUGGAACCAAAAAGAGCAGAAGCCCUCUUCAAUGACAUCUGUGGGUUACGACAAAAUAGAUCAGUCAAGUCAAUGGCAAAAUCAUCAUCUUUGCGAAUAGUUGGUGGACUGACUUCUGCAGAGACUGGGGACUGGCCAUGGCAAGCUAGUUUGCAGUACAACAACAUCCAUCGCUGUGGUGCAACACUCAUCAGCAAUACGUGGCUUGUGUCUGCAGCUCAUUGCUUCAGAGACAUGACUCACCCUCAGAAGUGGACUGCUACUUUUGGAGCUCUUUUGAAGCCACCAAGCUUGAAGCGAUCAGUCAAGACUAUUAUUAUUCAUGAAAAGUACCUCUACCCAGAACAUGAUUAUGACAUUGCACUUGUGCAGCUCUCUAAACGAGUUGAGUUUACGAGUCACAUACACCGCGUUUGUCUGCCGGAGCCAUCUCAGACUUUUCCAUACAAUAUUUAUGCUGUCAUUACAGGCUGGGGAGCACUUACCAAUGACGGUCCAACUCCAAAUGCUCUUCAGGAAGCAACAGUGAAACUUAUUGACUCAAACACUUGCAACAGAGAAGAAGUGUAUGAUGGGGACAUAACACCCAGGAUGUUGUGUGCAGGAUACUUGGAAGGAGGAGUAGAUGCUUGUCAGGGGGACUCUGGGGGACCACUGGUUACUCCAGACACCAGACUGAUGUGGUACCUCGUGGGAAUAGUCAGCUGGGGAGACGAAUGUGCCAAACCAAAUAAGCCUGGAGUUUACACAAGAGUGACUUAUUUCCGUGACUGGAUUACCUCAAAAACUGGCAUCUAA